CCAUCUCCUCCUCUCCUCGUCUCUCAAUCCAACCAACACACUCUUGGGCCAAACACCAAAUCCCACCCUCACCAUGACCUCCAACAACCUCGCCAAAUGCUGCACCAUCGGCACCCUCCACGAAGGCGAAGCCAAGGGGGUCAUCCAAGACAUUGAGAACAUCUCCACCUACAUCACCCACCCCCCAACGCCCUCUCAAACGGCCAUCCUCCUCCUCACCGACGUGAUCGGCCACCGCUUCCUCAACGCCCAGCUCAUCGCCGACCAAUUCGCCGCCGCCGGCUACCUCGUGGUCAUGCCCGACCUCUUCUCCGGCGACAGCGUGCCGCUGAACCGCCCCGAGGGCUUCCAGAUCAUGGAGUGGGCGCAGGGCCAUCAACCCCCCCACACCGACCCGAUUAUCGAGACGGUUCUGCAGCACAUCCGCACCAGUCUCGGCUGCGCCAAGGUGGGCGGCGUGGGCUAUUGCUUUGGCGGGAAGUAUGUGGCGCGCUUUUUGCGGCCCGGGACGGCGCUGGAUGCGGGGUUCACGGCCCAUCCGACGAUGAUGACGAGGGAGGAGUUGAAGGAGGUGAGAGGGCCGUUGAGUAUUGCUGCUGCUCAGCACGACCCGAUUUUCUCGGCGGAGAAGCGACGCGAAAGUGAAGAGAUUCUCGGGGCGGGUGACCUGCCCUGGCAGAUCAGUGUCUAUUCGGAUGUCGAGCAUGGGUUUGCGGUGCGAGGGGAUCCCAAGGUGCAGCGGGCGCGGUUUGCGAAAGAGCAGGCCUUCAAGCAGGCGGUGGCGUGGUUCGAUGAGUAUUUGAGGGAGUAAAUGCUUUGCUUUGUGGGAUGUGCAGACUGUGUACAGGAAUCUUUUUCCGAGAGCGACUAGUGUUCAC